AUGCAAUCAAUUGUUGAUCACGAUAUUUAUUUUCUAAAAUUGGUGAUCAUUACAUUCAUAGUACUAUUAUGCAUUAUAAAGAGUAGUCAUGCUGAUAGCGGCCCAUUUACCUAUCCAGGAAACGGACAUAAUUAUACUAGAUAUGAUAUUGGUUCAGGCAAUUACAUGAAUGCUAAUAUGAAAUGUGCAAUGUUGGAUUUCUAUGGUGGUAAAAAUUAUGCAGCAACAUUUACAACAAAAGAGGAAUUUGAUUGGGCAGUUAGUGUAGGAUUAAUCAAUAAUAUUCCAGUAUUUAUUGGAGGUACUUUGAGUGGAGGCAAGUUGAUGUUUGGACAGGGACCAGAGACUGGACAGUUGUUGUAUGACAUUCCUAUUGGACGUCCUUACUCUUUUUACCAACCUAUUCCAGAGUACACCUUUCCCUCUUCUGAAAUGGGUCAGUUGUAUGCACUCUUUGAUGGUAAUGUUUCCUUUCAAGGGUUCCAACCGUUUGAUCAGUCUUUGACAUCGGUCAUUUGCGAGACUGGUGGUGUAACCGAUCCGAUCUUGUCACAACUCGAUACUAUUGGUGGAGUCUUGCAGAUUAGCGGUCUAACAGGCUACAAUCUUAGUGCUCUCACUGUCACGUUUACAAGUACCAACUUGGUCGACCCAACACCCUCUUUUGGAUGUGUAGGAUCUAUUACCAAAACAUCGUCGUCACAGGUAAACUGUACAGUUGCACCUGGAACAGGUUCAUAUAACGUCCAAGUGACCGAUGGUAAAAAGACAUCGGUUGCAGUGGUUUGGUCAUUCAACACUCCCUAUCUCAAGUCAAUCUAUCCAAGUUUGACCGCCGGUACAUUGUUUACCAUCUACGGUGACAACUUUGGUGACAAUGCUACAAAGAUCAAAGUAUAUCUCACGUCUGAUAUGAUACUCUGUUCUGUCCAAGAAGAGCUUAUCCCCGGCAAAGCCUAUACUCUUACCUAUGACAUUCCCCUCACUCAACAGUUACUCCCCAUAACCAUCAUAGUUGAUAAUGUUAGAUCAUUUUUAAACCAAGUUCCCAUUUGUAAGGAUAGUAGUUCAUAUUCAUUCUUUACACCAUAUACUCCAAUGAAAUCAUUUGUUGCUUUUAGUAAUAGAAUUGUUACAAAUGUCGGACCUGCCGACGAGGGGAUUGAGCCGGCUCUUGGUGUCAUUGAGUUUGCGGCAACUGCCAAUCUACUGAUUGCUUCGUAUCCAAAGUUUUAUACACCCGGACGUACAUGGGCCACUUGGGAAGAUCUCGCAGUCACUUACCCAACCAAUUCGUUUACUCGAUACACUAACCGUGAGCCUAUCGUACCGUAUAAUUCUACCAUUGUCGAUGUCUCCCAGUUUAACGCCAAUGGAUACUUGUACUUUGACUUUACAAAUGCCACCAUUUAUCGUGACAGCACCAUUAAUUUACAGGCAUUGGUUCAACACAUCCCAUUGGUCUACUUGGCCACUGAUACUGCCAUUAGAGCAAAUACAACUGGUCUAGCAUCCGUUAAACUUAAUCUAACUAGUUAUGGAUCAAGAUUUGCAAGUACCCAAUUAUUCUUUGUUAACGGGACACAGGUACUGUACCCAGGAUACAAUCCAGUCACCAAUUAUGGUAAUAUCGUUAUAUCUAUACCAGAGGGAUACGAUUCCAUUCCUUAUGCAGUCAAGACAGAUUCGAGAUGGUUCAAUACAACCAUUACAUACAAUCCACCAAAGAUAUCUAGUGUCUCGACCACUGGAACCGUAGGAGGUGCCAUUACAAUUACUGGCACUAAUUUCUACAAGUCCAAUCAAGUUGUAAGUGUAUCGUUGUUGGGUAAACCUUGUAGCACACCAACUAUCACGAGUCCACAUACAGAGAUAUCGUGUGUUGUCCCAGCAGGCUCUGGAUCGGGUAAUGUUGUGGUGACAGUCGGUAUGCAGCCAUCGUCGUCGGUGCCAUGGCAAUACAACGCUCCAACCAUAACGGGAGUAUUGGCGUCGGGCAACCCAUCGUUGUUGGAUAUUACAGGAACCAACUUUUUCAACGUUGCCAAUCGUAUCAGGGUCUAUGCGUCCGUUCCAACCCGCAAGAAUGUUCAAUGUACCGGUGUGUCGGUUACAACUGCCCACACACGUCUUGGAGCAACUGUCCCAAAGUCUAUGCAGGGUCGUACGGUCAAUGUAUCGUUGACAGUCUCCAACACUGCCUCUAACCCAUUCGCAGUUGAUUUGCCACCCUAUUUGGACAGUGUCGAUCGUCUACCAUACACAGAAGGCAGUGAUGUCCAGAUAACAGCAUACUUUGACACGGUCGACAAGUCAGGCAAUAAUAUCACAUCGGUCCAGGUAUUUAUCAAUGGAACGACCACCUAUAUCGACUGUCCAGUUCGCAGUCUACCACCCACCGCCGCCAUCCUCAACUGCACUAUUCCACCUGGGUUCUUCCAGUUUAGUGUCCGUAUGGGUUCACCAUGGGGUCAGUCUAAUUUAUUGGCAAUCAAGUAUGCUCCACCAACAGUCGUGUCAGCGUCACCAGUCAAGUACGAGAUUGGAGGGUUGGUGACAGUGUCGGGCAACUCUUUUGGCAACCUUACACAACCACCAUUGGUUUGGAUUGGUAAUUACACUAAUAUGAUUAGUUGUACCAAUGCCACCCUACUCGACCCAUUCCGUAUUGAGUGUCAUUACACGGGCUCGGUGCCUGCACCCGCCGACAAGACACGUUCGCUCAACGUCACAGUCACCUCAACCUUUGGGUCUGCCACCAAAGAGGUAUUCAUCUACUCGAUCGUGUUGAGUUGUCAAAACAACUGUUCCGGACACGGUGUAUGUAACACUGACACUGGUAACUGCCAGUGCGACAUUGGAUACCGUAAAUCUGCAGACUGCUCCAUUGCAGACGCUGGUAAUGGCGGUAAACCCGAGACUAGCGAGAAUGGCACGACCGUCAUCCCAGUCGAAGGUCUCAACUUUACCAUUGCUAUCACACACUUGCGCGAGAUAGAUAUUGACGGUGUCCCAAUCAAGACACUCCCCCUCGCAGAUGUUGAAUGGGAUACUGAACUACUCGACAAUGACACUAUGCUACACAACGGCAACUUUAGCUAUGACAGUGCACUCAUUUCAAUCAUCUCAACCUACUUUGCAGAUUCUACAACCAUUACCUUUGCAGGUCAGGAUAUGGUCAUGCCAGCCAACUCUAUCAAAUACGAGAUCACGGUUGCCAACUGGACUUGGGCAGGCCCACUCUCCCAACUUCAAGUAGUCUACAACUCGGCCACAGAUCAUCAAUCCAUGGACGGAUGUCAAUUGUCCGAGACCAAUGUAACUACAUCCAAUGACGGUGACUCUAUCUACUGGUUCCAAAUAUCUAGUGGAAAGACAGUCAUGAAUGCCAAGUUUGCCAACCGUCUCAUUGUCGAUGACAGAGUCAUUCGUUCAAGUGUCAAAUUACUCGAUAAAUCCGAUGAACUCUACAAAAACAUUACAUCUCAAAGUGACAAGUUCAACUUGCUCACAGCAAUGACCACCCCAUACUUUAGUGACAAGGUUGUCUUGGAUCCAUCCUUUUCAGCACUUCUCAAGUACCGUCAAGAUGAAAGUUCAGAUCCAUGUUCAGUCACUGAUGAAGUAUCCAAUUGGAAAAUCAUUGUCAUUUCAGUGUGUGGUGGUAUUGGUCUCUUGGCCGUCGCAUCUGUCUCUGCCAUUGCCAUUAAACGUUAUAGAGUAACACAUGGAGCAAAACAAAAACUCAAUAGAUUAGCUAAAAUGAAUCAAAAUUCAAGUCAUGGUUAA